UGCAUACUACAAUAGUGAUGUAGAAAAAUACUUUCAAAGUAAAUAUAGCAAACCUGGAAGUAAAAAAGCACUCUUUUUAGCAAAACAAAACUUAGCAGUAAUAGACUUAGAAAAAUAUUUUGCUUUAAAAAUAAACAAAAAGAAUACUUUGCAAAAAACUGUCCUAACCCAAAAUGAUUUGCCAAAUAUUUGUACCAAGACAAAAAUUACAAAAAUAAAAAUGACAAAAGAUAUAACAACCAAAGUAAAGAAAACUGAAUUUUCAAAAUCAUUUAUCAAGAAAGAAGAAAAGCUCUAUAUUAAAAAAGAAGAAAAUUUGCAACAACCUUUUAAACCUAAACAUGAAUAUACUUGA